AUGGCAUUGGGCUCGACACCUGCUAUUGCCUGCAUAGGUAUAGUCGGCCAAUAUGACAAUCCUCUCCAUAUCUCACUCUUUCCUCCUCGCGAGCAUGAAGAGCUUGAGAUGCAAUUCCUGCUCAAUUCGAGCCUGGACAUCUUCGACAUUCGAUUGAAGAACAAGAUGGUGGACCAAGAUCUGGGACUAUUACAUGCAGUAGAUGAGCGACUGGCUACGUAUGGCUGGCUCACGAACACCGGCAUUAAGUUCAUAAUAACGAUUGAUAUGAUGGGUCGACCAUCUGCUGAGAUUACGUCGAAUCCACAAGCUAGGAAUCUACCGCCUGUCCUUGGACUGCGAGACUCAGACCUUAAGCCUGCUUUCCGAGCCAUACAAAACGCGUAUAUCGCCUUGUUGAUGAACCCGUUCUACACGCCAGAAAUGCGGACACCCACACAGACCAUGCAUGCGUUAGGGAAGAGCGCGGAAAUUACCAGUAAGAAAUUCAAGUCGGAGAUGCAAAGGAUCGGAAGAGCGUGGUAUCCUGGAAUUACAAGUAUAUGA